ACCAUCCAAAUUGCCCCAUCUAGUAAUCCCUCUCAUCCAAUGGCAACCUUCGAAAUCCCCGAAACCUGCAAGGCGGGUGUAGUCGUCAACUAUGGACCAGAUUUCCAUCUCGAAGUUCAAGAUGUUCCCGUUCCCAAACCAGGACCGGGUCAACUCCUUAUCAAGCUUAAUGUUACAGGCCUCUGUGGGAGUGAUAUCCACUUUAUGGCCAAUGAUCUCGGGAAUCCAGUUGGCAUGCAAGACUUCAACGUCCGCUCCCCCGGCCACGAAGGCGCAGGAGUAGUAGUCCAACUAGGCGCCGGCGUAACCAACUGGAAAAUCGGCGACCGAGCAGGCGUACGACCCAUGUGGGACGUGUGCCACAACUGCACACAAUGCUGGAACGGCGAAGAACAGUAUUGUCUUCAAGUGAUUCACACGGGAAUGAUGACGACGGGUUCCUAUCAACAAUAUGUUGUCACGCCGGCGAUUUAUACGGCGAAAAUUCCUGAUGAAGUGCCGGAUGAGGCGGCUGGCCCCAUUAUGUGUUCGGCUUCGACUAUGCAUUGUGCGCUGAGGGAGGGCGGGUUUAAGGCGGGCGAUUGGAUUGUUUUUCCGGGUGGGGCGGGCGGGGUGGGGAUUCAGGGGGUGCAGUUGGCGAGGGCAAUGGGAAUGAGACCAAUCGUGAUCGAUAGCGGCGAAGCAAAGAAGAAGCUCGCAACAACACUCGGAGCCGAAGUAUUUCUUGACUUCAAAGAAGAAACUGACAUCGCAUCUCGCAUCAAAGAAAUAGCAGAUGGUCUCGGAGCCAACGGAGUGAUCGUAACCGCCUGGCAAACAUACAGAGACGCAGUCUCCUACAUCGGCGAUCGAGCCAGCGCCAAAAUCGUAUGCAUCGGUCUCCCACCAGCCGAUCAAAACAUCAUCGCGGGAGCGCCGCCAUUGUUGUUCGCGCUGAAAAAAUUAACCGUCACUGGAUGUCUCGUGGGGACUCUACAAGAUACAGCUUCUGCACUCAAUUAUGCCAAACGGGGAUUGUUGAAACCUAUUGCUGAAGUACGAGGCUUGAGCGCUUUUCCUGAGAGUGUACAGCAGUUGAGAAGAGGAGAAGUUGCGGGGAGAAUUGUGAUUGAUUUUAAUAAGGAGUGAUGAUGGGUGAUGAUGAUGAUGAUGAUGAUGAUGGUGAUGUGCAUUUCGCGGUCAGAAGUAUGUAGUAGGUUCUUGGCUGUGUGGUGGUGUCCAAAGAGAAUACAAAAGUACAAGAUACCUACCUAGUACGGUUUAUCUGAGGAAGCACAAGCUCAAAAAAGAACCAUCAUCAUCAUCGUCAUCCAACAGCUCGGGAGAUCAGAGUUGUUC